AUGCGCGCCGUCUCGUUCGAGCGCGGCAUCUCCAAGCAUGCCGAAGGCUCUUGCCUGAUCAAGUUCGGCGACACACACGUUCUGUGCACCGCGAGCCUUGAAGAGCGGGUUCCGCCAUGGCUGCGCAAUUCCGGCCGCGGCUGGGUGACGGCCGAAUAUGGCAUGCUGCCACGCGCCACUGGCGACCGGAUGCGUCGCGAGGCGUCAUCGGGCAAGCAGGGCGGCCGAACGCUGGAAAUCCAGCGUCUGAUCGGCCGGUCGAUGCGGGCGAUCGUCGAUCUCGAAGCGCUUGGCGAACGCCAGAUCACCGUCGACUGCGAUGUGAUCCAGGCCGAUGGCGGAACACGCACAGCGGCGAUCACCGGUGGCUGGAUCGCGCUGCACGAUUGCCUGGACUGGAUGCAUUCGCGCCAGAUGGCGUCCAAGACGCGGGUGCUGAAGGACCAUGUCGCGGCGGUCUCGUGCGGCAUCUAUCAGGGCACGCCGGUGACCGAUCUGGACUAUGUCGAAGACAGCAACGCGGAAACCGACGCCAACUUCGUGAUGACCGGCACCGGCGGCAUCGUCGAGGUGCAGGGUACCGCCGAAGGCGCGCCGUUCAGUCGUGACGAGUUCAACGCCCUGUUCGGUCUGGCGGAGAAUGCCGUCGCCGAUCUGGUCGCGAUGCAGAAACAGGAAACCGGAACGACGUUCAAGGACAAUGCGCGAACCAAGGCGAUGGCCGCGAUGGAGGCGACCGGCCUGCCGGCGCUAGCCGACGACAGCGGGCUAUGCGCCGAGGCGCUCGACGGGGCGCCGGGCGUCUACACCGCCGACUGGGCGGAGACCGGCAAUGGCGAUCAAGAUUUCAUGAUGGCGAUGCGCACGGUCGAGGAAAAGCUUCAGGCGCUGGGUGCGGCAGAACCGGACCAGCGGCGCGCCGCGUUCGUCGCGACGCUGUGUCUGGCCUUUCCCGACGGGCAUUGCGAUUUCUUCCGGGGCGAGGCGCCCGGCCAUCUCAUAUGGCCGCCGCGCGGCGAUCUGGGCUUCGGCUAUGAUCCGGUGUUCGUGCCCGAUGGACACAGCCGCACGUUCGGCGAGAUGACCGCCGAGGAAAAGCAUGGCUGGAAACCGGGCGAAACCGACGCCUUGUCGCAUCCCCCGGCGCCGCUCAAUGGCGAUGACGGAUCGCCGGGCUUCGGCGUCUAUCUGCAUUGGCCGUUCUGCGCGGCCAAAUGCCCCUAUUGCGACUUCAAUUCGCAUGUCCGCCACGCGCCGGUCGACCAGACGGCCUUUGCCGAAGCGUUCCUUCGCGAGAUGGCGCAUGUGCGGGACCUGACCGGUCCGCGCGAGGUGACAUCGAUCUUCAUCGGCGGCGGCACACCAUCCCUGAUGACGCCGGAAACGGUUGGCACGCUCCUCAAUGCGGUUGCCGCACAUUGGAGGGUUCCGGCCAACAUCGAAGUGACGAUGGAAGCCAAUCCGCAAUCGGCAGAUGCGAACAGAUUUGCCGGCUACAGGACUGCGGGCGUCAACCGGCUGUCGCUCGGCGUUCAGGCCCUGAACGAUGCCGAUCUCACAUUCCUGGGCCGGCUGCACGAUGCCGACGAAGCGCGCGCCGCGAUCGAACUGGCGCGGCGGACAUUCCCGCGCCUGUCGUUCGAUUUGAUCUAUGCGCGGCCGGGUCAAACGCUGGCGGCAUGGGCAUCGGAAUUGCGCGAGGCCAUCUCGCUCGCGGCCGAUCAUCUGUCGCUCUACCAGCUGACCAUCGAGGACGGAACGCCGUUCAAGGCACUGCACGCGGCCGGGCGCAUCGCCAUUCCGGACGGUGAACUGGCGAGCGAUCUUUACGCGAUGACGCAGGACAUCACGUCCGAUCAUGGUUUGCCGGCGUAUGAAAUAUCCAAUCAUGCCGUGCCCGGUGCGCAAUCGCGGCACAAUCUCACCUAUUGGCGUUACCGCGAUUAUGCCGGCAUCGGCCCCGGCGCGCACGGACGGUUUGCCGUUGGCGAGGCCGUCGAAAAGCACGUGACCAUCACCGAGCGACAUCCCGAGACCUGGCUGGAGCGUGUACGCCGGCGCGGUCACGGCAUUGCCGAAACCGAAACGCUGGAUCGGAUGGCCCAGGCGGAUGAGAUGCUGAUGAUGGGCCUGCGGCUGACGGAGGGCGUCGAUCUGGCACGUCACGAAGCGCUCGGCGGGCGCACAAUCGAUGGACAGGCGCUGCAGGCGAUGAUCGAUCUGGGCAUGGUCGAACGCGUCGGCAAUGCCCGCAUCCGGGCGACGGCGCGCGGGCGGAUUAUGAGUGCACCGACCUACACGAUCGCCGGCCACGAGAUCACGGCGCCGCCGCUGGAGCCGGCGCUCUAUCUGGUCGCAACGCCGAUCGGCAACUUGCGGGAUGUCACGAUCCGCGCCCUGGAAACGCUGGCCGCCUGCGAUGUAUUGGCCUGUGAGGACACGCGGAUUACCCGCCGCCUGCUCGACCGCUACGGCAUUGCCGCCAAACCGGUCGCCUAUCAUGAGCACAAUGCGGAUCAGGCGGGUCCUCGACUGCUCGCCGCGCUGGCCGACGGCCGCUCCGUGGCGCUGGUCUCCGAUGCCGGAACGCCUCUGGUCUCCGAUCCCGGCUACCGGCUCGGUAUCGAGGCAAGACAGGCAGGCCAUGCGGUUGUCCCGAUCCCCGGUCCAUCGGCGGUUCUCGCCGCCCUUUCGGCCUCAGGCCUGCCCACCGACGAUUUUCGGUUCGUCGGGUUUUUGCCGGCGAAAGACAAGGCCCGCCGCGACCGGUUGGCUUCGCUUCAGCACCAGCAAUCAACCCUGAUCGCCUUUGAAUCACCGCACCGCCUAGUCGGCGCGCUCGAAGCCAUCGCGGCAGUGAUGGGGGCGGAGCGCACGGUGUGCGUCGCGCGCGAGCUGACAAAACGGUUCGAAACCGUAACGACGGGAACCGUCAACGAAUUGUCGAACCGGUUCGGAGACGAAACGAUAAAGGGCGAGAUCGUUUUGCUGAUCGCGCCGGCGAAGACGGAAACCGGCCAAGCCGAGGCGACUGACAUCGAUGCGCUGCUCGCCGAACUUCUCGCGGACAUGCCGGCGGGCAAGGCGGCGCGGGAAGCCGCGCAGAUGACGGGCCUGCCCCGCGCCGAUCUCUACGCCCGGAUCCUUGCGCGGAAAGAGACCGCCGAAAGGCGCGGCCACGCCGGUGAAACCCGGGCAACGUGGCUGAUGCGCCUCAAAGGCUUCCGCAUCGUGGCGCGCCGCUACAAAUGCCGGGCGGGCGAGAUCGACCUGAUCGUCCGGCGCGGCGAUCUCGUCGCAAUCGUCGAGGUCAAGGCAAGGCCGUCACUGGCCGAGGCGAUGGACGCCGUGACGCCUUACGGGCGCCGGCGCAUCAUCGGCGCGACCGAUCACUGGCUGGCCGGACAGCCGGACCAUGGCCGGCUUUCGGUAAGAUUCGAUCUGGUCGCUGUGCUUCCGGGCCGCUGGCCUGUGCAUGUGCCGGCGGUGUUCACGGCCUGA